AUGACGAAUUCCUUCUCGAAGCCCAUGACUCCUGAAGAAGAAAGGCGACAGCAGAAGCGACAGCUGAUGCCUUUUCCUCCAGUCCAAGAAGAAAAGGAACGGAAGAUCAAAAAUUUCAAGUACGCAGUGGGAGCUCAGUCUGGGUAUUUUUCUCAUUGGCGUCUACGAAGAGCUGGACCUCCAGCAGACAUGAUCGCUCAUGUCAUGGGAUAUGCAAAGUCUGUCGCAGACUUGCAGCUCAGUCAUGAACAACAAUCUGUGUUGUAUCGGAAGUGUCUCACAGACACGGCUUUGACAGCCUACGACAAGGCAUUGGCCAAGUACAGGGCACGUAUUGCUGCUGUACCGGCUCAAGGCGAUCAACCAGCACAGAUGGCCGUCGAUUUCGAUAUCACGGCCUGUCUUAAGACAUUCGUUGGCUCUCGAACUACAGAGGUAGCUCGGUUCAAUCAAGUGGAAGGCCUCAAGGUCUCCCGAAAGCCUCGAAAGAUCGAGUGUCACGAGUGGGAAGACGACUACCUAGUCGCAGUUGAAGCCGCAGAAUGGCUUCGUGGCACUCAUCCAGUGCCAGAAGGGGUAGCAUUGCUCCGACAUUAUCUGGAUUCAUAUCCAGCGAAUUGGGUCACGGAGUACGAAAAGAUCCACGGCAAGACUCUUGAUGAUAAGGAAAUGGGAGACGUGACGUCUUUCAUGCAUGAUCGUGCAGUGGAAGCUGACUCGGCAGCUUCGCGCAAUCAACAGCGCCAGAAGGCGACAGUAGCGAAGGGAAAGCCUUCGUCAUGA